AAAUUGCGUUGUCGCUCCGCGCGACUGGCGAACGACCGGCAGGACAAAGGGACAGAACAUGACAUCCAAGUGGGACUUCUGGAUCGACCGAGGUGGCACAUUCACCGAUAUUGUCGGACGCGCACCUGAUGGCACUCUCCACCCGCACAAGGUUCUGUCUGAAAAUCCCGAAGCGUACCGGGACGCAGCCAUUCAGGGAAUUCGCGAGAUUCUCGGCGUGGAUGCCGGUGCCGCGAUUCCGUCGGAGAAAAUCGCGACGGUGAAGAUGGGAACGACCGUUGCCACCAACGCCCUUCUGGAGCGCAAGGGUGAGCGCACGGCACUCUUCAUCACCAGGGGCUUCCGCGACGCGCUUGAAAUCGGCUACCAGGCUCGUCCGAAGAUUUUUGCCAAGGACAUCAUCAAGCCUGAACUCCUUUACGAAAGUGUUCAUGAGGUUCCGGAGCGGGUCUGUGCGGACGGCACAGUGGAAUUGGUCAUUGAUGAAGAUAGUGCCCGAACGCAAAUGCAGUCGGCCUGGGACGACGGUAUCCGCUCCAUUGCGAUUGUCCUGAUGCACGCCUACGCCUUUCCGGCGCACGAACAGAUCCUGAAAAGGACCGCAGAAGAGAUCGGGUUUCCGCAAAUUUCGGUUUCGCACGAGGUUUCGCCGCUGAUGAAGCUGGUCGGUCGCGGCGACACGACGGUGGUGGACGCCUAUCUCUCCCCGAUCCUGCGCCGAUAUGUCGACCAGGUGCAGCAGGAGCUUGGACAAGGCCCCCGGCUGAUGUUCAUGCAAUCUUCAGGUGGCCUGACCGCCGCGGAUCUGUUUCAGGGAAAAGACGCGAUCCUCUCCGGCCCCGCAGGAGGCGUGGUCGGCGCAGUGGAAACCUCCCGCAUGGCCGGGUUCGAGAAGAUCAUCGGCUUCGACAUGGGCGGAACCUCCACCGACGUCUGUCAUUUCGACGGUGAAUACGAGCGCGCCUUCGAGACCGAAGUUGCCGGUGUCCGCAUGCGCGCGCCGAUGAUGAUGAUCCACACGGUUGCUGCCGGCGGCGGCUCCAUCCUGCACUACACGGACGGGCGGUUUCAGGCAGGACCGGAUUCUGCCGGCGCGAACCCCGGCCCGGCCUGCUACCGUCGUGGUGGUCCGCUCACUGUGACCGACGCCAAUCUGAUGACCGGCAAGCUCGCACCCGAGUUCUUUCCGAAGAUUUUCGGACCGAACCAGGAUCAACCACUCGAUGGAGAGGUUGUCCGGCGGAAAUUCGCGGAUCUUGCCAAUGAGAUAGGCGAUGGCCGUUCGCCCGAAGAGGUCGCCGACGGUUUCUUGAAGAUUGCCGUUGAGAACAUGGCCAAUGCUAUCAAGAAAAUCUCGGUGCAGCGCGGUUAUGACGUCACAGAAUACGCACUGACAUGUUUUGGCGGUGCGGGCGGUCAGACCGGCUGCCGCGUUGCAGACAGCCUCGGUAUGAAAACCGUUAUUCUGCACCCGUUCUCCGGCAUUUUGUCGGCCUAUGGCAUGGGGCUCGCGGAUAUCCGUGCCGACCGUCAGAAGGCGGUUGUCAAGGUAUUGACCGAAGAGCUGAUGCCGGAGUUGCACGUUCUGCGGGAUCAGCUCGCAAUAGUGACGGAAGCAGAGCUGGAACGUCAGCAGAUUGCCAAAGAUCAACGCCACACGACUGCAAUCGUUCACCUGCGCUAUGACGGAACGGAUACACCUUUACCGGUUCACUUGAGCACUGUCGAAAAAAUGCGCGCGGCAUUUGAGGAGUCUCACAAGAAGCAAUUCGGUUUUGCUUACGACAACAAACCCGUGGUCGUCGAAGCGAUGGAAGUGGAAACGGCAGGCGGUGGCGCCGGCCUUGUCGAACCAGAUCUCGACCUGCAACCCAACGCAGCGGUUCCGGCAACAUCGACAAGAACCUAUUCGGAAGGUGCGUGGCAUGACGCCGGCAUCUACCGGCGCGAAACCCUGAAGCCCGGCAUGAAGGUUCCAGGGCCAGCCGUAAUCAUCGAAUCCCACGCGACAAUUGCCGUGGAAGACGGAUGGCAGGCCGAGAUCAACACCAAAGACCAUGUUGUCUUGAACCGGGUGGUGCCGCUGAAGCGCGCCGAUGCCAUCGGCACGCAUGCGGAUCCGGUGAUGCUUGAGGUCUUCAACAACCUCUUCAUGUCGAUCGCCGAGCAGAUGGGCGUCACGCUGCAAAACACAGCCUACUCGGUCAAUAUCAAGGAACGCCUGGAUUUUUCCUGUGCCGUAUUCAAUGCAGAUGGUGCCCUGGUCGCCAAUGCACCACACAUGCCGGUUCAUCUGGGUUCCAUGGAUCGUUCCGUCGAAACAAUCAUCAAGCUGAACACGGGCAAGAUAAAACCGGGUGACGUCUUUGCCCUGAACGCGCCCUAUAAUGGCGGAACACACCUGCCCGAUAUCACAGUAGUCUCCCCUGUUUUCGAUGACGACGGCGAAGACAUCCUGUUCUGGUCUGCCUCUCGCGGCCACCAUGCGGAUGUUGGGGGAUCCGCUCCGGGCUCCAUGACACCCCGCGCCACGAAAGUGGAUGAAGAGGGGGUCCUCUUCGACAAUUUCAAGAUUGUCGACGAAGGUCGUUUCUGUGAGCAGGAACUGAUCGAUCUGCUGACCAAUCACCCCUACCCGGCGCGAAAUCCGCAUCAGAACGUUGCUGAUCUUUCCGCACAGAUUGCCGCGAAUGAAAAGGGUAUUCAGGAACUCAGGAAAAUGGUGGCGCAUUUCGGACUGGACGUCGUCCAGGCCUAUAUGGGCCACGUGCAGGAUAAUGCUGAAGAAAGUGUUCGCCGGGUGAUCGAAGCCUUGAAGGAUUCCGAAUAUGUCUACCCGACAGACCAGGGAUCCGAGAUUCGCGUCAAGAUUACCGUCGACAAGGAGCGUCGCGAAGCCACGGUCGAUUUCACGGGUACGUCACCGGUCAAGCCGAACAAUUUCAACGCUCCGGAACCCGUUACACGAGCAGCAAUCUUGUAUUGCUUCCGCGUGAUGGUUGAAGGCGACAUUCCGAUGAAUGCCGGAUGUCUCAAACCGAUCCACAUCAUCAUUCCCGACGACUGCAUGCUGCGCCCUUCCUAUCCGGCCGCCGUCGUUGCGGGAAACGUGGAAACGUCGCAGCAUGUCACGAACACGGUCUUUGCAGCGCUUGGUGCCAUGGCGAACGCGCAAGGCACGAUGAACAAUCUGACAUUUGGCAACGACACCUAUCAAUACUACGAAACCAUCUGUUCGGGUUCACCGGCGGGACCCGGGUUCAACGGUACCGAUGGCGUUCACACCCACAUGACAAAUUCACGCCUGACCGAUCCGGAGGUUCUGGAAUUCCGGUUUCCUGUUCUCCUGGAAGAUUUCCAUAUCAGGAAGGGGUCUGGCGGUAAGGGAAAAUGGUCUGCCGGCGACGGCACAUGGCGAACAGUGCGCUUCCUUGAAAAAAUGGACUGCGCCAUCCUGUCGUCGCACCGGACAAUCAGGCCCAAAGGCAUGAACGGCGGUGAAGACGGAGAACUGGGUCGAACCCAGGUACGUCGCCUCGAUGGCUCGAUAGAAGUGCUGGAGGGCUGCGAUCAGACGGUGCUCGACGCUGGCGAGGCAGUUACGGUCAUUACACCCACUGCAGGCGGCUGGGGCAAACCAUGA